CGCCUCCUUUCCCCAUCCGCCUCCCUGGUCCUCCCCCGCUCGCUUCACAGAUCUCCCCACCCCCCACCGACACGGCUGCGCGGCGCCCGGGGGGAGUAAGGCUCGUCACGGCCCGCGUCCCGGCGGUGGCGCGGAGCUGACCGGGUCGUUCGAGGGAUGGACGGCGGCGGACUGGGCGGGCUGCGGUGGACCGCGGAGGAGGCGUCCACGAUCGGGGGCAUUGCCACGGUGUCGCUGCUGCACUCCUUCAUCCCCACGCACUGGCUCCCCUUCUCCAUCGUCGCGCGCGCGCAGCGGUGGCCGCUCUCCCGCACCCUCCUCGUCACUGCAUUUGGAGGUGUUCUUCAUGUUGUUUCUACGGCUCUUCUUGGGAUAACUGCAGUUACUAUGGCAAACACUAUAGCCGGCGAAGAAACUGUUCAUAAACUUGCCUCGCUAUUGCUGAUUUUUCUUGGAGUAAGUUAUAUACUGUUGUUUGCCUUAGGAAGAGGUGGCCAUAGCCAUGCUCAUAACCAUCCAAUGGAAAAGAUGGCAGUCGCUGGUCUUGUCCUCGUUCCUGCAUUAUCACCCUGCGCAACAACCCUUCCAGUUUUUCUUGCUGUUGGCAACUCUUCCUCAAUGAUGAUUCUUGCAAUCAUUGUGCUCCUCUUCAGCACCAUUACCGUGAUGACAUCCCUGGUGGCCCUCUCAUUCUACGGUGCUAACCAAAUCAAGUUCCACUGGGUCGAGCGGUACGACAAGAUCCUCGUCGGCAUGGUCCUGUGCCUCGUCGGAAUUUUAACAUAUGUGUUCCAUCAUCAUGAUGGUGAUGAGCACUCUCUCCAUGAGCAUGUGCACCGGAAACUCGUGUCCCCAUAGAUGACUAGUAGAUAGUGAAUGAAGUUGCAUAUGUUUGUGUCAAAAUUUUAUGUUGUUCCCCUAACCGUUCCGAACAAUGGAUGCUGUAUAUGAUCUGAUUAUCGACCCAUGUGAGUUCAUCUGCCUUUCUGGCUUUUGCUGGGAACUCAUAUCAACUGAUCUAGUGAAUAUGUUGUGGAAACUGCGUUAA